CUGAUCAUCUGGUACUUUUUCCAACUUGUGUCUGCUGUUGCCCACAUACAUGAGUAUGGCAUCUUACACAGAGACAUCAAGACAUUGAAUAUUUUUCUGACCAAGUCUGGUCUGGUCAAACUGGGAGAUUUUGGAAUCUCCAAAGUUUUGGAAAAUACAAGCAAGAUGGCAGAAUCUUAUGUGGGAACACCCUACUACAUGUCGCCUGAACUCAUUAAAGGAGAACGGUACAGCUUUAAGAGUGAUAUCUGGGCAGUGGGCUGUGUGCUGUAUGAACUGCUCACCCUCAAAAGGACAUUUGAUGCUUCAAAUCCACUGAGACUGGCUGCUCGCAUCGUGGAAGGAAUCAAAAUGGGAGAAAUUGACGCAAGCUACUCAGAAACCAUCCGCUCACUGGCUCAUCAACUCCUGUCUGAUGAUACAGAUGGAAGGCCAGAAGCCAAGGAUAUCCUGCUGUACCCCAUCUUCAUCUCACUUGGGAAGGACAUGGAGAGAAAAGUUUGGGAGCUUAAUGCAACUACCAGGAAAACUAGAAUGAGCGUCACAACUGACACAGUCCCAGUUGUUACCUCUAAAACCAGUGAGGUUUAUCACUGGGGAGGUGGAAAGCAGAACCCACAUAAGCUGGAUGUUUUCCAUGGAGGCAGCAGUGCUUUACAGGUCUGUGCAGGUCGGUCCCACUAUGCUGUGGUCACUGUGGAGAAGGAACUCUUCACAUGGGCUAAUGUCCAAGGUGGUGUUGCGAUGGUGGGGCAGCUAGGCCAUGGAGACACUGCCUCCUACAGAGCCCCCAGGAGAGUAGACUGUCUGAUAGGCACAGCUAUCACACAGGUGGGCUGUGGAGAGGAGUUCACCGCCUGCCUCACAGAGGAAGGGAAGGUGUAUGCCUGUGGCUCCGAUUACUGGGGAUGUCUGGGAGGUGAGAAUGAGCAUGGCGAUGAGGUGAUGAUUCCCAUCGAGGUGGAGUUCUUCACUGGCCGUCCUGUCGCUCAGAUAUCCUGUGGGGACGCUCACAUUGUCGUCCUGACUCGUGAGCAGGAAGUGUACUCCUGGGGAUGUGGGGAGUUCGGUCGCCUUGGCCUGGGUUCAGAAGAUGACUUUGCCAGCCCCCAGAAGGUGGAGUUUUGUGGCAGUAAGACCAUCAAAACCAUCCACUGUGGUCCUGACGGUACCUUCUUCUUAACGGCCAAUGGCAGGGUGCUGGCAUGUGGCUCUAAUGAGCACAACAAGCUGGGCUUCAAUCUCAGCGCUUCUGGGCUGGUCAAACGGAAGAAAAAGAUCUCAUAUGACAUCCCCUGUAAACUACAACCCACCCUGGUAAGGUCCCUGAGCAGAUAUCAGAUCCUGCAGAUCUCAGCUGGACAGACACAUUCUGCUGCCAUAGAUGUACAUGGUUUUCUGAUCACGUUUGGGUCCAACAAGUUUGGCCAGCUGGGAGUGGGAGACUUCAAACCUCGGCGCAGCAUCAAUGUGCUGCGUGGCAGCCUGAUGGGCAGGCAGGUCCUGAGGGUGGCCUGUGGGGACGGCUUUACUGUGGCUGCCACGUCAGAUAACAUGAUCUAUUCCUGGGGGAAUGGUGAGGACGGCAGGCUGGGUGUAACGUCAGACCGUGGGGAGAAGGGACCCAAGGGUCUCCACCCUGCCUCUGUCUCCAGACCCAGACCCAUAUUUGGCUCCUUACAUCUCGCAUCAGAUGUUUCAUGUAGACACUGGAACACCAUCAUGGUUGUGGAAAAAGUGUUGCAACAGAAAACUAUCAGGUCACAAAUAAGCACAGGCAAAGCAGAAGAGGUGGAUGACAGUGUGUUUGGCAGUGUGUGCUGUACCAGUGAGGAUGGUGCCAUGUCAGAUAGGGACUCAGGAGUCCCUGAGUCAUUCAUAGCUCCUGAUGCCUCCAACAGACAAGUCAACACUGUAGGGGAUUCUAUUCCUCCUACAUGGCUUCAGCGGGAGCUAGCUGACUCAGACAUUAUACCGAUGGCCGGUACGUCUGCUGCCUGCCCUGAUGACAGUGUCAGGCCUCCAGACGACAGUGGUGUGGACUUUGCAGACUGUGUCCCUGAGUGGUUAAAGAAGGAGUUGGAAGAUGAGAACUACAUUCCCAUGUCAUCCACAAAUGCUGGUGACACAGCACCAGUAAGAGAAGAGGAGAACGAUGUUGAAGCCUUUGCAGUGGAUGGAGAAGCCACAGAAGUUGCCCAGAGAGUCCCCCCUGAUGGUGAUGAGGACACGUCUCAGGGACACCACCCCUCCCUCAACAUGAGUGUGGAGGCCCAGCUGCGGGAGACCAUCGCAGCCCUGCAGGAACAACUGCAGCAGCUGCAGACAGACAACCAGCAGUUGAGAGACAUUGUUACUGAGCAGAACGAGAAGAUUCGCAGCCUGGAAACCAAGAGUAAAGCCCAUACCGAGGUGGACUCCCAGAUCUGGGCGCUGAUUGACCAGUGGCAGGAGGAGUGUUCUGAGGUGGGGAGAGGGACCAGGGACGGGAGGAGGCCACGCCCAGCUACUGUACCCUCUAGCAGGAGACCUGUCACGGCACCUACACCUGCGCAGGCACACACUGCUCCAGGCAACAUCACCAGUCCACGGAUUGUGUGAAUCAUCCUCUCAUAUCUGGAAUAACAGGCUGCAACCUUGUUUUACAAUUAGGAUUAAAUGUAAGGUGUGCACUUCUCAAAGGACCAUAACUUCUCAAACUCAACAAAAUGCUUUCUCAAUAUUUCAUCAAAUUCAAAGUACUACUAAUCCAAAAAAA